GGCUCCGGUGCGCUUCGUGGGGUUUUUGCCCUCCUCUUUGCGCUCACCUAGCGGAUUUCACGCCGGAUGCCGGCCGCGCUCACAUCAUCAGUGCUGGAAAGUUCACUUCCACGUCUGAGCGCGUGCGUGCGUGUAUGUGUGUGCGUGCGUGGAUUCCCGCUGAUGUGUGCGAGUCUGUCUGUCUAAUAGAGUGACCCCCAGCACGCUGUUUAAAGGGAAGACAAGAGCGCUGAGUCAACGAAACGCAAGCAGAAGGAUGCAACAGUUGAUGUGCGCAAGUUGCACAGCUUUGCGUGGAUUUGCAGACGACCUGCACCCGCGGACGAUGGUGGCUUUGAUCCGUGCGGACGAAGACUCGCUCGUUUUGUAGCUUUAAUAGCCUUCAUUUGCCCCAUAAAUCGAUCAUUAAACCGCAGAUCAGCGCACGGGCGGCGAGCGUUCGUUUUCUCUCCCCGCUCGCGCGUCUUUCUCAGCAAAAUGGACAUUCGGACAGAAACGCAUUUGGGGGGGACUCCACACUCUGCCUGAAUGGAGUUGAAGUGCGGAUUUCGGACGGUGUGCCGCGGCGAGUAGCAGCUGCAGUCCGCGCCAACAUGCAUCGGAUUCUGCAGAGGAGGCGAGUGCGCAGGCUGCGGGUCGUCUGGGCUUCGCUCGCGCUGGUGGCGCUGUCGCUCGCCGCGUGCAGCGCGCUGUUCACGGCGUGGACCUGGCGGGAGACGCGGGACCUGUCCCAGUCCUUCAAGAUCCUGCAGGACCGCCUGGAGCAGGUCAACACGCAGAGGAAGGCCAUUGUUCAGCUGAUUCUGGAGAAGAGAGAGCUGCUGGUGGGGCACCGAGUCAAGAGAGACGGUGGCUCCUCACCGAAGAAGAAUGGGAAUGGAAAUGGAAAAAAAGCGGCGUCUCAUUUUGAAAUAACCAAAGUCUCCUCUCAGCAAGUGGGAGAAGGUGGCGUGAUUAAGGGUUGGGAAGAGAGGACGCUGAAUAUGAGUAAGGCAGUGUCGUACAGCAAGGAUCAAGGCACCUUUACUGUGGAGAGAACGGGCGUCUACUUCCUGUUCUGCCAGGUGCUGUUCAACGAGCAGCAGACCCCGUACGUCAAGCUGGACGUGGUGGCCGGCGGCCACCGGCCCCAGAAGCUGCAGUGCAUCGAGGGCUACGCGACGACCCCGUCCGCCGGGCCGCACGCCUUCCACUUCGUCAAGUCCUGCCAGGUGUCCGGCCUGCUGCGCCUGGAGAAGGGCACCGAGCUGCAGGCCGUCACCGGCUCGGCCUUCAGGCUGCACACGGUGGGCACGUCCUCCGCCUCGCCUCACGUCUUCAGCAUCUUCAGAGUCAACUGAGGCCCGGAUUACGGCGCGAGCCCGGUCCGACGGGGCGCGUUUUUGUGUGGACGGGAGGUUUUUUUCGACGUGGUCACAGGCGGUUGAGGGCAUCGUACCGUGCCACGGCCUCUUUCCAGAGACAAACCUGACUCUGUGGAAGUUGUUGUGGAAUUUUUUCCUGGACAGCGGUGCUGCUUUGGGCCCGAAACACAGACUUUGGAUUAUAACCAAGACUCUAUGAGGACGAAAGGCCUCAAUGAAUGUCUGCUGGGAGAACAGAUGUGAUGGAAGCUGUUCUGUAGAUAAAGGGCUUUGUAUUAAAGGGGAAAAUACUUGGACGAGCACCCCAGCCAACUGUUAAUGUAAUAACUCGUGCUUACACUCUCUGUAUCUGACUGACAGCGAAGCUGUGCGUCCACCUUUCACUUUUAUAACACCAGGUGCCUCAAGAACCCAGGAGUGUAUGUGCGGGCGUCACACUGUGCCACUAUGAAAGCCUACAGGAGUUGUCAUCGAUAUUUUAUACGAUUUAGCAUCUGUGUGUUUUUUUACGGAUUUCGUGCCCUUUUCAAUGCAACAUGCUGUGCAAGUGUGAACUAGCUGUAAGUCUUUGAGGCUUUGUAUAUAUAUAUAACAAAGCACAAGCUGGCAAAGGACACCAGGGAUGUGAAUUUGUGCUUUUUUAAGGUUGAAUUUGAUUGUAGGGUGUUUUUAUGUAAACUAUACUAGGCUUUACUUUUGAAAAGUACGUGCAUAUGGCUCAAUUACCUGUUUGAUUACAUUUACCAUCACUUCCACGUCUAUAUGUACAUCUGAUGACUAAUUACUGUUUUUCAUCAUUGUUUCAUCGUGUAACGCUAAGGAACAAUCCUAAACAAAGCCCUAACUCGUCUUCUAGCGCCUUCAGUAGAUGGAAUUUGUUACACAAACCUUUUAACGCUCGAUGGAAGCCGUCAAAUUGCUUGGGGGAUUUGUGUUCUUGUUGUUUUUUUGGGACGCGCCGUCUCGACCAGAUGCUUUCUCUAACCUUAACCAUUUUUGUUUGAAGGUCCAACUUUUUUUUUUUUUCAAGAUUGCAUUCCAGCUAAUACAGUAGAGACUAUGUGCUGCCAGAGUCACCGCUCUGCCAAAUACCUGCAAAGCUAAUCCUGUUUAAAACCAGCUGCACUCCUUGUUUCUGCCUACUUACCUUAUUAUAACACGCCAAUACAUCAAAUUAAGCUGGUCAACAUUCUAGCUGCUAAUUAUUGUAUUAGCACUGUCAGCUCCUCAGGGUGCUGUCAUGACAUUUUGUUCCUUUUAUGCAAAUAUUUCUAAUAUUGUCACCAGGAAUAAGUUUUGUGGAAGAAGCAGGGAAAGCCACUGGUCUGAUUCAUUUUCAGUGGAGCCACACCAGAUUAUAUAUAAACAUAUUGGUAAUCUAAAAAAGGAACAAGAGCGUUGUGGUUCCUUGUUUCUGGAACUUUAAACCCAAAGCAACUUCCGAUCAUUCCUUAUUUGGUUACUGAUCUUUUGUCAAGCUUCUGUUUGUCCCCAUUUUUCCUGUGACAUUAUAUGAUUUAUUGUUUUAUACGAGUUUGAUUUUUUUAUACAUUUUCCAUUGUCAUAUUCGUCUGCUGCUGUCUGUAACAUUCCCUCAUGACAUACAAACAGUGUGUAUUUCAGGCAGUGGCUUGCUGCAUUCCCACUCUUGAUUAAAUGUACUUCAUGGAUGGACCACGUCGCUUUCUCUUCAGCACUUUACUGCAGCAAAGAGAGUUUUUAAAUGGGAAGCUAAUGUAGACAUUAGGCAUGAAGGUUCCUCUAUUUGAUUUCCUAGCUGUCCUCUUCCCUUUAUUCUCACUCAUCCUCCCCACCACUCCUAUAUUCCCAUGAACCACAUACCCCCCCCCCCCCCCCCCCCACACACACACACACACACACACACACAAUCCCAUGAGUGACGGCACACAAAUACUGUCUAAAUCAAAUACUGUCUAAAUUUCCACUUCCUGAAUAUGAACCUGAACCUCACAGCCAUAAGUUUGGAGGAACACACAAACACACACACACACACACACACACACACACACACACACACACACACACACACACACACACACACACAC